CUUUAUUAUCAGAAGCUACACACUACCUAACACUGACGCACGUAUUUUAUUUUAGUUCAAUUCUUUUUUGCUAUCUGUGCACAGCUUAGUAUGCUUGAUUGAUUUUCACUUGAAAUUGUAAAGUGUGUUAACUGUUUGUAAGAUGUAGGGCCUUACUCGUGUGCACACACGAAAAGAAUGUUGAAUUCAGGGACUUCUGAUUGUUUGAAGAUGCUGUUCACUCUUAGUAAAUUCACAGUCUGUUAGAGUCAGAGGGGCUCACAUGGUACACGGAACAAUCAUAAAAUAUAAGAAGGUAUGGUAUUUGUGUACUUUCUGUAAUGGCACACUCUCCAUACUUGUAGCAUGAAGUGUAAUGAGCUUCCGCUGUCGUCACUUAAUAAAUGUAUCACUGGUGGCACAUUCUACAUGUCUGACCGUCUACUUGUUGCCGAGCAGCUGGUAGGCCAUACGUGUCUUUCCUUAAUGUAUUCAUCAGAGGCGGACACGUGAGAUAGGGGUCACUUUUUUGUGAGCACACCCGCCCCUCCUCUUGCCCUGCUUCACAUGAUGAUGUCCACGAGGAACGUUAUUAUUAUAUUUUUUUAAAAUAACCUAUUAACCAAAGAGCCGUUCGCAAAUUACGUCACGCCAAAAAUGACCUUUUCAGACCCCCCUCUCCCCUGUCACAAAGUGUCACAAAUUCUUUACCCUCCCCUCCCCCCUUUAAUGUCACGUGAUACCUAAAAAGAUUCAAAACUUACAUCAAAUUUUCAUAACUAAACUAAGAUUUGACUUUAUUCUAUUAACAUUUCCCCAUAAUGAAUUUAGAUGUCCUAUUAUUAGAAAACUGUGACGUCAAACGUAAAACAACGCAGUCCUCCCCGAGCCGAAUGUAAAAUGGCCACCACAGUUUAUGCGUCAUUUUUCGAUAUGCGCAGAAGGUGUGAGCGACUGAGUUUCACGGUAUUUAUAAUACCUGAGGCAAUUUCGACCUCAAAUUAAUGUUUUUAAAAUUAAUUGAAUAAAGAUUUUUUUUAAUUAGAAAAUAUAAUAAAAAAUGACGUCACACAUUUUUUAACCACCCCCUCCCCCCUAACACAAAGUGUCAUAAAUUCUCGAACCCCCUCCAGCCCUGAGCGUGACGUAAUUUGCGCGACCCCCAACCGCGGCUAUUCCAUUCCAUGGUGUAAACUGGAGCAAUAGUUGAAAUUCAGUUUUUUUUUAAAACAACAAAACAAAUACAUGAAACACCAGGAAAUUAAUGACCACAAAGAAAAACUAUUUCAACAAAAUUUCCUUUUGAUUUUCGUCAAAUCGUAAACCACACCUUACACUAGUACAGUACCGGGUACUGUCAUUUAUUAAAGCUUAUUUACAACAAUUGUAACUGUUAUUAAUAUUUUCUUCAAUAAUUGGAUUGGUUUAUUCUAUUAUCCCUUACUACACUGAUGUGUAAUGUAUUUUAUUUUAUUGACGUCAUGAGAUUCUGGUAGCCUACAAUUACUAUGAUUAUGAAGCAUACCUUUUAUUUAUUGGUUUUUUAAAUUGCUAUUUUUAGAGAGUCUGGUGCCCCCCCCCCUCAACCUCCCCACUGGACCCCUAGCUUUUUAUGUUUGGUUUUGAGAGUCUGGUGCCCCACCCCCAAACCUCCCCACUGGACCCCUAGCUUUUUAUGUUUGGUUUUGAGAGUCUGGUGCCCUCCCCCCCCCCUUUUCAACCUCCCCACUUGACCCCUAGCUUUUGCAGUUCCGGCUAAUAAAAACAAAAAACCCAUUACAGGCACUUCUCAUUCCUGCCAAAGACAAUCAGGGACUGGAACAAGCUUCCAAAAAGCAACAGUUGAUUCGACUACACUUAACAUGUUUGGUUUUGAGAGUCUGGCCGCCCCCCCCCCACCUCCCCACCGGAUCCUUAGCUUUUUAUUCACUCAGCUUAAAAACUUCACAAAUUAAUUUCUUGCGGCUAUAGAUCAGCGAUUCACAAACUGUUUGAUAGCGCCCCCUAGAUUGAGUGGCUCUGGUGGGUAAGUUGAGUGGAAAGAGCCAGUUGGAGGAACAAAGCGGCCCGCUUACUAAACAUUAAAUUUGACUGUGUCAUUUUUGUUAUUCAUUCAACUUUCAACUAAUUUCCCUUCGUUCGCAACAUGUCGGGUUUCUGUCGAUGGGUGCAUAGCCAUUAAAAUAAAGGAAGCACCGGUCACCACACAAUAUGUUGGGACCCACUCAAUGUGGUGUAAGCCACACAAUAUGGUGUGACCCACGUAGUAUGAUGGCACCCACUCAAUGUGGUGUAAGCCACACAAUAUGGUGUGACCCACGGAGUAUGAUGGCACCCACUCAAUGUGGUGUAAGCCACACAAUAUGGUGUGACCCACGCAGUUUGAUGGCACCCACUCAAUGUGGUGUAAGCCACACAAUAUGGUGUGACCCACGCAGUAUGAUGGCACCCACUCAAUGUGGUGUAAGCCACACAAUUUGGUGUGACCCAUGCAGUAUGAUGGCACCCACUCAAUGUGGUGUAAGCCACACAAUAUGUAUGAUGGCACCACUCAAUAUGGUGUAAGCCACACAACAUGGCGUGACCCACGCUGAGAAGCAUGCCCCGCCCCCCAUAGCAACCUUUUCUUGGCAAUAUAGCGUUAAAAUGUACAUUCCCCGGGGGGGGGGAGCGGGGUGCAUUAGAUGCAUAGAUGGUCCGUAAAAUAUUUGACCAAAAAUGCAGUAUUUGUAAAUGUCCGGAAGACUUUGGGAUGUUCGUAAAAAAAAAAAAAAAAGAAGUCAUUAAAAAAUUGAAGCGAAAAAAAUAAUAAAUUAACCGUGAUGGGAUAUCUCAAAGUUUUUGACUUGCUUUCAAGUGCUUCAAACGUGUUAGACCAUAAUCAGGAGAUAUACAACACUGGUGAGAAGGAUACACAAUCAAAUAACGAUAGACAAUAGACAAUAGACUCAAGCUUCGAGGUCACUUGACAUAGACCCAUGCACGUCAUAGCAUAGGCACACACAGAUAGUUGACAUUUUGUUUUUGCUUCGUAAGUUUAUUUUAAACAUGUGCCCGUAGAAAAUUUUGAUUUUCCCUAAAAGAGUUGAACAUUUAUUUGAGCUGAAAACCUGGGGGGGGGGGGGGGGGGGGGGGGGGGGGUUUGUGAAAAAAAAAACAAAUGAAAUCACUGCUCUAUGCCGUACAAAUUCUACACUAGUGUUGAUAUAUACAAGAAAAACAAGUCGUCCCGGUGGUAGCUGUUGUUGACCUACAUGUAACUUUAUGUUUACGAUAUUGCCAACAAAUAGGACAGUCAAUAUUUUAAAUCCUUGAAAUUAAGUUCGCUUUUGAGGGUUACGGGCAAAAUCUUCCGACUGUUAAUUGAUCCAUUUCCCGUCAACCUAUCGAGCUGAAACCUGGCCCAUAGACCCGUGGCCGACGACAACAGAUUCUUUCAAAUGUUCAGCCACCGCCCUAACCCUCCAAAAUCAUUUCUUCAUGUUUUUUCAAGGGUGAUGGUGAAGGAAAUAUGAUGCCACUGAUUUCAUGAAAUAAAAUUCCCGAUUACUGCGCUAAAUGGGAAACUUUUUUUUUUUUUAAAUAUGCGGCUGCGAGCCUGUGGGAGAGAGAGAGAGAGAGAGAGAGAGAGAGAGAGAGAGAGAGAGAGAGAGAGAGAGAGAGAGGGGGGGGGGGAGAGAGAGAGAGAGAACUAAUUGGGAUUCUUUUAAAGUGCGUUACGUGUAUGCAUGUUGUUGUUUUUUUUUCAAAUUAUCAGCCCCACCCACCUUUGCUCGCUAUUCCAUUUUAUAAGGGAUUCAUACACAAAAACUUUGUUGUUAGGGUUUGCUCAAUUGUUGCUUCACUGGGGGAAUUCUUUCCACAGUGAAACAUGACGUCACGAGGACUCCGAGGGGAAAUCGUCAUAGUGAUACAUUUUGUCUUACUUCCGGUUACUUGCAUCAUCACGUGAGUAAUGACCGUAAUGUUGAUGACGCACAUUUCAUAAUUCACCCUUACAGAUGCUAAUAUUAGGUAAUGAGAUGAAGUUGCUAACGAAUUUAAUAAGGUCACAUUGAUGCCAGCUGUGAGUGCGAUGGAACAGCGCUCGUAUACAUACAAGCUAUCGUAUAGCACUGUGAACUGUGAACACUUGCCUGGCGCGUUUCAUAAAGGUCUGCAGCAUGCGAUUACUCCAUAAAAAUGAAGUAACAUUUGCAUGUUUGACGGGACAAUUUCAACAUCCUAACUGUUCACCAUUAACGUUUUAACCCUUAUAUACGAAUUUAUUAUUUUUUUGCUAUUUAUAUGUUGUUGUUUUUGUGUGUUCUUUGUCGAGGAAAGCUGAAGUUAACUUUUAUUGAUGCAUGUGCCGAGCUUUCAUUGAUAUUUAAUGGUAAUAAUGAUACACUGUUGGUCCAGCGGUCACUACAACCCAUUUUUCAUUGGAAUGUGUACACAUAUAUACACAUAAAGUGCACGUCAUUUACACUUCAUAGCUGAAGACGAUCUCGUAAACUUCACGCAAAUUGAGGAUUUAAAUGUUGUUUUUUAAAGUUAUUUUAAAUUUAUUGCUAACAAACCAAAAAAUAUAUCGUUAAAAACCCAAUAAAUAUCGUUAAAUCCCAAUAAAUAUAUUAUUAACUACCCAAUAAAUAUAUUGUUAAAACCCAAAUAAAUAUAUUGUUAACUACCCAAUAAAUCUAUUGUCAACUACCCAAUAAAUAUAUUGUUAAAACCCAAUAAAGAUAUUGUUAAAACCCAAUAAAUAUAUUGUUAAAACCCAAUAAAUAAAUUGUUAACUACCCAAUAAAUAUAUUGUUAAAACCCAAUAAAUGUAUUGUUAACUACCCAAUAAAAAUAUUGUUAAAACCCAAUAAAUAUAUUGUUAAAACCCAAUAAAUAUAUUAUUAACUACCCAAUAAAUAUAUUGUUAAAACCCAAUAAAUAUAUUAUUAACUACCCAAUAAAUAUAUUCUUAAAACCCAAUAAAUCUAUUGUUAACUACCCAAUAACUAUAUUAUUAACUACCCAAUAAAUAUAUUGUUAAAACCCAAUAAAUCUAUUGUUAACUACCCAAUAAAUAAAUUGUUAACUACCCAAUAAAUAUAUUGUUAAAACCCAAUAAAUAUAUUGUUAACUACCCAAUAAAUAUAUUGUUAACCCAAUAAAUAUAUUGUUAAUAACCCAAUUUUGAAACUGUUUUUCCCCGCAGUGGAAUUACGCUAUAUUGAAGGUGUUUAAUAUUUGUGGGAAGGGCAUUGGGGCGGGAAAAAGGGGGGGGGGGUGUUGCGACUAAGCGUCAUUCAGUAUGUCGUCCGUCUGAUAGAAUAAUAGUUGGAAAAGAUUAAUUGGCAAGCCGAAUGCAUGUUGUCGUGUGUGUGUGUGGCUGAUGUCAGUCUGUGUGUAGACAUUCAUUGACCACAGGUCAUAGGUCAAUGUUGGUAUUCACGAGGUAAUCAUUUAAGUUCUCUAACAGUCCACUUAGCUAGUAGCCUUUAUGGAAAAUAACAUGAUAAAGCCCCCUAACGCCCAGGUGGACUUUGAGAUGUCUACUUAGUAAUGUGUACUCAACAAACUUUAUUUGAAUCUUUAUUUAUGAUUAUCUUUCAGGUACUUUAUAUCCACAUCACUCAACCACGUCGAUAAUGUAUUUCCAUAUAUUAGGUAAGUUAUAUCAAAAUCACUCAACCACGUCGAUAAUGUAUUUCCAUAUAUUAGGUAAGUUAUAUCAAAAUCACUCAACCACGUCGAUAAUGUAUUUCCAUAUAUUAGGUAAGUUAUAUCCACAUCACUCAACCACGUCGAUAAUGUAUUUCCAUAUAUUAGGUAAGUUAUAUCCACAUCACUCAACCACGUCGAUAAUGUAUUUCCAUAUAUUAGGUAAGUUAUAUCCACAUCACUCAACCACGUCGAUAAUGUAUUUCCAUAUAUUAGGUAAGUUAUAUCAAAAUCACUCAACCACGUCGAUAAUGUAUUUCCAUAUAUUAGGUAAGUUAUAUCAAAAUCACUCAACCACGUCGAUAAUGUAUUUCCAUAUAUUAGGUAAGUUAUAUCAAAAUCACUCAACCACGUCGAUAAUGUAUUUCCAUAUAUUAGGUAAGUUAUAUCAAAAUCACUCAACCACGUCGAUAAUGUAUUUCCAUAUAUUAGGUAAGUUAUAUCAAAAUCACUCAACCACGUCGAUAAUGUAUUUCCAUAUAUUAGGUAAGUUAUAUCAAAAUCACUCAACCACGUCGAUAAUGUAUUUCCAUAUAUUAGGUAAGUUAUAUCAAAAUCACUCAACCACGUCGAUAAUGUAUUUCCAUAUAUUAGGUAAGUUAUAUCAAAAUCACUCAACCACGUCGAUAAUGUAUUUCCAUAUAUUAGGUAAGUUAUAUCCACAUCACUCAACCACGUCGAUAAUGUAUUUCCAUAUAUUAGGUAAGUUAUAUCCACAUCACUCAACCACGUCGAUAAUGUAUUUCCAUAUAUUAGGUAAGUUAUAUCCACAUCACUCAACCACGUCGAUAAUGUAUUUCCAUAUAUUAGGUAAGUUAUAUCAAAAUUCUUCUUGUUAAAUAUCUUGUUAUUGAAUUAUCCUCCAGAAAUACUGCAUACGUUGUUUUUUUAAAAAACAAAUUCAACCUUCUUCAGAUAGGACAAAUUAAAUUAUAGUCAAUUUCCCCCACUGCAAGUUGCUACCUCACUAGUUUAAGGACAAUACAUCAAAAGUGUUGUAUGAAGCGUUGUCUAGAGUGUUGUCUAGAGUGUUGUCUAGAGUGGUGUCUAGGGUGUUGUCAAAAGUGUUGUCUAAAGUGUUGUCUAGAGUGGUGUCAAAAGUGUUGUCUAGAGUGUUGUCAAAAGUGUUGUCAAAAGUGUUGUCAAAAGUGUUGUCAAAAGUGUUGUCUAGAGUGUUGUCAAAAGUGUUGUCAAAAGCGUUGUCUAGAGUGUUGUCUAAAGUGUUGUCAAAAGUGUUGUCGAGAGUGUUGUCAAAAGUGUUGUCAAAAGUGUUGUCUAGAGUGUUGUCUAAAGUGUUGUCAAAAGUGUUGUCAAAAGUGUUGUCAAAAGUGUUGUCUAGAGUGUUGUCAAAAGUGUUGUCAAAAGCGUUGUCUAGAGUGUUGUCUAAAGUGUUGUCAAAAGUGUUGUCUAGAGUGUUGUCAAAAGUGUUGUCUAGAGUGUUGUCUAGAGUGUUGUCUAGAGUGUUGUCUAGAGUGUUGUCAAAAGUGUUGUCUAGAGUGUUGUCUAGAGUGUUGUCAAAAGUGUUGUCAAAAGCGUUGUCUAGAGUUUUGUCUAAAGUGUUGUCAAAAGUGUUGUCUGGAGUGUUGUCUAUAGUGUUGUCUAGAGUGUUGUCUAUAGUGUUGUCUAAAGUGUUGUCGAAAGUGUUGUCGAAAGGUUGGCUUAAUAACUUUUUAGACACUAAUUUUUUUUAAAAAUAUAUUUUCAAUUUGAUAUUGUUUAUUUUCCACUCUUUCCAGUGACACCGGAACAUAUAGUCCGGAGAGCUGUGUUUUUGGAAUAUUGCUGGCUUUCUACUCUUUUACAAGUGAGGCUUAGCACUUACACCACUGCAGUCAUAUUUUAGCACUCACACCACUGCAGUCAUAUCUUAGCACUCACACCACUGCAGUCAUAUCUUAGCACUCACACCACUUCAGUCAUAUCUAAGCACUCACACCACUGCAAUCAUAUCUUAGCACUCACACCACUGCAAUCAUAUCUUAGCACUCACCCCACUGCAAUCAUAUCUUAGCACUUGAAAAACACAACGAUUACAUGUGCGACCGUUAGUGUCCAGAUGGUAUUACUCUUAAGUAUGGUAUACUCUAUACACAUUGUGUUACUUUAUCUCAGUUACAUUUUAAAAUGUCUAGACAUUUCAUUCGAUAGAUUGUGAUUGAUUGAUUGUUUGAUUGAUUGAUUGAUUGAUUGAUUGAUUGAUUUGAUCGCGCCGGUAUCCAUGCCAUUUUAGCAUGCUCACUGCGCUCUGGUCCCCCGAAAUCUAUUUAAACAAAAAAGUUUUUAAUUGUUUCUUAAAUGAUUUUUUAUCAUUGACAAUUCCCCUCCAAGAUUGUGGCAAACUGUUCCAUAAUGUUGGCGCUAUCGCUUCAAAAGAGAGCACUCCGUAAGAAUCUGUUCUCUGUGUUCAUCCACACUCUAGGAACACUCAGUAAGGACUGUGUUGAAGACUUCAGGCUCUUCAGCGGUACAUGUUUAUAAAUCAGUUCCUUGAUAUAUUCCGGUGCUGAGCCAUCUAUGCAGCUGUACGCCAGGGACAGAAUUUUGUAGUUUAUGUGCUCACUCACAGGAACCCAAUGGAGAUCUCGUAGAGCUGGAGUGAUGUGGUCAGAUUUUUUCAUCCGCGAUACAAUGCGUGCUGCAGUAUUUUGUAUCUUUUGGAGUCUCUGAAUUUGGUUCUGAGGUAAACCCCACAAACAACUAUUACAGUAAUCUAAUCUUGACUGGACUAGAGUUACUGCUACAGCAUUGGCUGUUCUCCUAAUGAGUUGAAGACGCAGCUGACCCAGGGCAUGCAGAUGACAGAAGCAUGCCUUGACAACAGAACUGAUAUGGGGAAUCAUACUAAUAGGAGCCAGAAUGAUCAAUUCAUUGAUCGUGGGCCCUUAAAAUAAAGAAGAAGAAGAAGAGAAGAAGAAGUUUACUGUCAAUAUAAAAGCCAAGGUCUCUGACAGUCGAGGACAACAGGAUCUCUGAUUCACCAAUUUGUAUUGAUGCAAUGGUAACUUUCCAAAGCUUGGCGUCUGAACCACACAUAAUUGCCUUAGUCUUAUCAUCCUUUAAUUUUAGUCUGUUUGAUGACCCAACCUGCCCUUUGUAUCUAAGAUUCUUGAGAGUCAACAAUAGAAGAUGUAGGUCUAGAUGCCAUGAUUAUAUUUCUUAAUUGUUCAUGGGAAACUGGGGAAAAUUCCACCAGAUGGUUGCCUUCAAAGACUUUCUCCACCGUAGACAAAUCACAACGUUUCCCAAAGCUCCUUCUGAUUGUUUCAAUUUCGUCAGUGCAAAAAAUCACUCAGUUUAACUGCAGCCUGCUCGCUGCUCAUGUCAGGCAAAAGAGAUUAAACAUGCUCAGACUUUGCGUGCCUGAUUUCUUACGCAAACAUGCUGCGUGCUUUCAGAAACAAUAGUCUGUUAACUUCACGGCCACUCCUUCUCCAACGCUUCUCAGCUCCACGCCUAACACGCUUGGCCUUCCGAACUGUGGGAGUGAACCAAAGGGAGUUAGAUCUGUCACUAAAAAAAUUAUUUGACACUGGGGCAUAUGUGUCCAACAGAUUUCCAAGCACUUUGAUUCUCCGUCACUUUGUUCCCUAUUUGAAUGCGCAUGCAAUGUUAUGUAUAUUCAUAAGGACUAAGUAAAUUUCUUGUUUAAAAAGGACGUGCAUUUGUUUGGUGUAUCCUCCAUUACCAUUAUAUUCGAAUUAUUAUUGAUGUGCCUGUUAUAUAUCAGCUUUUCACACAUUCACUGAUUAGAUUUCUUCCAUAUAAACUUAUUCUAUAUUCACUGCUUAGAUUUAACCCAUGUAGACAUAUUCUACAUUCACUGCUUAGAUUUAACCCAUGUAGACCUAUUCUACAUUCACUGCUUACAUUUAACCCAUGUAGACCUAUCACAUGUUCACAGAUUAGAUUUAUCCCAUAUAGAACUAUUCUAAGAUCACUGAUUAUAGUUCUCCUUUAUAGACCUUUCCACAUGUACACUGACUAGAUGUAUCACAUAUAAACAUAUUCACACAUUUCCUGAUCAGAUUUCUCCCAUAUAGACCUAUUCACACAUUUCCUGGUCAGAUUUCUCCCAUAUAGACCUAUUCACACAUUUCCUGAUUAGAUUUCUCCCAUAUGGACCUAUUUACACGUUCACUGAUUAGAUUUCUCCCAUAUAGACCUAUUCACACAUACCCUGAUUAGAUUUCUCCCAUAUAGACCUAUUCACACAUUUCCUGAUUAGAUUUCUCCCAUAUAGACCUAUUCACACAUUUCCUGAUCAGAUUUCUCCCAUAUAGACCUAUUCACACAUACCCUGAUUAGAUUUCUCCCAUAUAGACCUAUUCACACAUACCCUGAUUAGAUUUCUCCCAUAUAGGCCUAUUCACACAUUUCCUGAUCAGAUUUCUCUCAUAUAGACCUAUUCACACAUUUGCUGUUUAGAUUUCUCCCAUAUAGACCUAUUCACACGUUCACUGUGUUAUAGAGAGCUUGUUUACAUAAUAUUUCUCAUGCGUGCCCUCUGAUUGACCCGGCAUGAGACGCUGUGUUCACAAAGGGGUGUGGCAUAGGCUUUUGGUGUAUUCUUGUUUACACCGCCAGCUACUAAAAAUAAUUAAUCUGUUCCAAGUAGUGUUUUGUAGAAUAAAUGGGAUUUUUCUCGAAAUGUCAUGUAGCUUGUAGAAGGCAGGGCUUAGGCGUCGGUAGACCCACCUAUAUAAGGGAUUGACAGGCACGACGAGGGAGGGAGAUUUUCAGAUAAAUUUUCUUAACAUUACGAGGCGUGUUUUAUUAUUUGUGUAUUUGUGAGCUUAUAUGUGUUUAUUUCGCAUUAUUUAUUGGCACAUUAUUCUAACUGUGUUAACUGUGUACCGGUACAAGAUCUACCAUACUGUAAGUUGAAGAUUGUAAUUAUAUUUUUCUUUUCUUUUGUAAAUUAUCUUAAGACAUAAUAAAUCUUAAUUAAUUGUAACUAGAAACUGUUUUGGGUCGUAUCUUUAAUAUUGUUUAUUCUAUGGUAUCGUCCUUUGUUAGGCACUGUUUACAACGAGCCAAUUAAAAUUAAAAUAGGAGAUUAAUUUCUCCCAAUACAAGUCAGUGCGUAACAACUGAUUAGAUUUCUCCCAUAUAGACCUAUUCACACAUACCCUGAUUAGAUUUCUCCCAUAUAGACCUAUUCACACAUUUCUUGAUUAGAUUUCUCCCAUAUAGACCUAUUCACACAUUCACUAAUUAGAAUUCUUUGUUUUACAGCUUUUCUCUGUGUUUACACUCGAUGGCGUAUUAUAGCCAACUACUACAUCUGUAGCAAGGUAACCCCUCGACUCAACAACAUUUCGUUAGUCUGUGGCAUGAUUUCAAGCUUGGGGGUACUGAUUGUGGCUAACUUUCAGGUGGGUCUUUGGGGUGCUGAUUGUGGCUAACUUUCAGGUGGGUCUUUGGGUUGCUAAUUGUGGCUAACUUUCAGGUGGGUCGUUGGGGUGCUGAUUGUGGCUGACUUUCAGGUGGGUCUUUGGGUUGCUGAUUGUGGCUGACUUUCAGGUGGGUCUUUGGGUUGCUGAUUGUGGCUAACUUUCAGGUGGGUCGUUGGGGUGCUGAUUGUGGCUAACUUUCAGGUGGGUCGUUGGGGUGCUGAUUGUGGCUAACUUUCAGGUGGGUCUUUGGGUUGCUGAUUGUGGCUAACUUUCAGGUGGGUCUUUGGGUUGCUGAUUGUGGCUAACUUUCAGGUGGGUCUUUGGGUUGCUGAUUGUGGCUAACUUUCAGGUGGGUCUUUGGGUUGCUGAUUGUGGCUAACUUUCAGGUGGGUCUUUGGGUUGCUGAUUGUGGCUAACUUUCAGGUGGGUCUUUGGGUUGCUGAUUGUGGCUAACUUUCAGGUGGGUCUUUGGGUUGCUGAUUGUGGCUAACUUUCAGGUGGGUCUUUGGGUUGCUGAUUGUGGCUAACUUUCAGGUGGGUCUUUGGGUUGCUGAUUGUGGCUAACUUUCAGGUGGGUCUUUGGGUUGCUGAUUGUGGCUAACUUUCAGGUGGGUCUUUGGGUUGCUGAUUGUGGCUGACAUUCAGGUGGGUAUUUGGGUUGCUGAUUGUGGCUGACAUUCAGGUACGUCGUUGGGGUGCUGAUUGUGGCUGAUAUUCAGGUGGGUCUUUGGGUUGCUGAUUGUGGCUGACAUUCAGGUGGGUCGUAGUAUUUUGUUUUAGUAGUCUGUAUGUGGCACUAUUGCGUCACAGAGCCGCUAUUGCACUGCUGAUUAAUUGGGAAACAAAACCUGGUUGCUGAUUUAUCUUCAAAUAAACCUGGCUAUGACAAGCUUUAAACUCUUCAUGAUCAUAAUUCUGAUUUAAUUGACGAACAAAGAGACACAAAAACAAUAUCAGGCCUAUGAGUCAAAGGGGUCACCAGGAUUGAUGUCAACUCCCAUAAGUAUGUCACCCGUUGCGGUCUGUGCCUUCGCUAACCCCAACCCCCCCCCCCCCUCAGUGACGCCACUGCUAUGAGGGUUCUGUUAGCCAGUGGUCACCAGGAUUGAUGUCAACUCCCCUAAGUUUGUCACCCGUUGCGGUCUGUGCCUUCGCUAACCCCAACCCCCCCCCCCCUCAGUGACGCCACUGCUAUGAGGGUUCUGUUAGCCAGAACUAGAGUUGAAAUAAGUAUUGGUUUAAAUGUUGACCAUAAAUGUUGUCCAUAAAUGUUGUCCAUUGAAACUUGUGUAAACACGAUUGCCCUACAUUCCAGGAGAGCAAUAUUUUGAUCGCUCAUUUGACCGGAGCAGUCAUGACUUUUCUGUUUGCACUGAUUUACGCCUUGCUACAGUCCAUCAUCUCAUACCGUCUGCCGUCUGUCAAGGGGUAUUCAAUAUGCCUGUGUCACUGUCGUCUGCUUGUAGCCAUUCUGGCCGCCGGAACUGCUAUAGCAUGUAGGUUUUUUGGAAUAUCUGGCGAGUCGUUGCUCUUUUGUUUGUUCUUAAGUUAAGGUACUUUUUUUUUUUUUUUAAUUCUUAAUUACGAAUUAAGAUGUUUUUUUGUUUUUUUUCUUUUUUAAAAUGAGUAUAAGUCUCAAUUGAUUGAAUCGAAAUACACAUAGGGGACUUUGCUGUUGACUGAAGGACAAUUUGUUCUAAGUGUAAAAUGGUAAAAUUUACUGACAUCUCUUGACUUUCAGUUCCAUGCAUGGCCCUUGUUGCUGAACUGUUGAAGCCAUCGCAUUAUCCUUUAGGGUUCUGGGACCCAACGGUUGAGGUGAGGGGUGCAUUUUGGUGUUCCGUUUUUGUUAGGUUUGUUUGUUUGUUAGGUUUGCUUAUUCGUUCGUUCGUUUGUUUGUUUUGUUGUUGUUGUUGUUUUUGUUUUUUUGUGGGGGGGGGGGUGGCAUCUGUCCGUCUCCAUGAGACAAUGGUGUGGCUCGGCUUGGGAUGUCUCUAACAAAAACUACAAAGCAUGGGAGAUGGUUACUUUGAUGGGGAAAUAGUCUAUUACCCCUUCAGCGGUCCCGACUCUCCAAGCAGCUUGUGAACCCAAAGGCACUUCAAAUAGUCGGUACCGGUACUGCUUGGCACCAGGGGCGUCGUAGGAGUGUAGGAGUUGCCCUACUUUCAUUGAGUUUAAUUCCAUACCGCCGACGGAACUCGAUCUCACAAUUUUUCUGACCAUGGGGUUCGCAGCUCACAUAGCCUAAAACCAUGUGGUUUUUGAGCUACAAGAGUUUGCUCCUAUAGUCUCUAACCACGUGGUUUGUAGCUACAAGAGUUUGCUCCCAUAGUCUCUAACCAUGUGGUUUGUAGCUACAAGAUCAGCGGGCAUUUAUAUUUGGAUUGCUCCCUUCUCUUACAUGAUGCCAGCAUACAAAGCUCUAGAGCACCGGCUCUCAACCUGUGGGUCGCGGGGUCGAACGACCCUUACACAGGGGUCGCCUAGAGGGUCGCGGUGUUAGGAAUGUUGAUAACCACUUCCUUAGAGUCUUAUCUACCCGAAGUGUCUACGUAGCAUGCUUAUUUAAAAACGAAUUUCUGUGUCAUGUUUAUUGAUAGGCAUUCUUUUUUCUAGUUUCUACAACACAUUUUUUAUUCCACGUUCAGGGCUUUGAAUUCCACAUCGCGUCCACCACAUUAGAAUGGAUUGCUGCCGGUCUACUCUCCAUUUUCUUCCUGACCUAUAUCGCAGAGUUCCGGUUUGUGCGCAUUGGUAUGCCGGUUGUACACACCGGGUCAAUUACUCUCGGUCUACGGGAAAACAGUGUCGUCAACAUAAGCGGUCAGCACGAGAGUGAAAACUUGUAAGAUUGCAAGUCACGUUUAUUGAAUUGAUGCUCAGAUUGCAAGUCACGUUUAUUGAAUUGAUGCUCAGAUUGCAAGUCACGUUUAUUGAAUUGAUGCUCAGAUUGCAAGUCACGUUUAUUGAAUUGAUGCUCAGAUUGCCAGCCACAUUUAUUGAAUUUAUGCUCAGAUUGCAAGCCAUAUUUAUUGAAUUGAUGCUAAGAUUGCAAGCCACAUUCAUUGAAUUGAUGCUAAGAUUGCAAGCCAUAUAUAUUGAAUUUAUGCUCAGAUUGCAAGCCAUAUUUAUUGAAUUUAUGCUAAGAUUGCAAGACACAUUCAUUGAAUUGAUGCUAAGAUUGCAAGCCAUAUUUAUUGAAUUUAUGUUCAGAAUCAUCUUGACAUCAGAAUCAUCUUGACAUCAGAAUCAUCUUGACAUCAGAAUCAUCUUGACAUCAUAAUCAUCUUGACAUCAGAAUCAUCUUGACAUCAGAAUCAUCUUGACAUCAGAAUCCUCUUGACAUCAGAAUCAUCUUGACAUCAAAAUCAUCUUGACAUCAGAAUCAUCUUGACAUCAUUAUUGAUAUAAAUAAAUUCUGCCUUAAAUUAUG